UUGAAUUGGCCAAGCAUUGUACGACGACCACCGGCAUCGCGCCUUUAAGUUGUUUUUCUUUUUAGUUUUAUUCAUACAUCUUUCUAUUUGUUUGUAAAUAAUGGCUAGUGAAGACCUUUUUGCGGAAGAUUUCUCCGAGGAAAUCAUUUCUGAGCUGGAACAAGAUUAUGUGGUAGAAGAAGCCGAUGCCAACGAUCAUGAAGACUUGCCCAUAGAGGAAAGUGCGGAUGAUGCAGCACCUACUGAAGAGGACAUGGCAAAUACAGAGGAAACUCAAAGCAAUAUAUCUAAAAGUACAACGGUGGCAGCAGCAGCAGCUGCUAGCAAUGAAGAAAAACUUUUUCAAUUACCCCUAACGCGUGUACGCAACAUAAUGAAACUGGAUCCAGAUUUGCAUAUUGCCUCCAAUGAAGCUGUGUUUUUGGUUACCCGUGCCACAGAACUUUUUAUACGAUCUCUGGGUGUGGAAUCUUAUACAUUUACGGCACAAGCAAAGAAAAAGACAAUACAAAAACGAGAUGUUGAUUUGGCCAUAUCCGCUGUGGAUAGUCUCAUGUUUUUGGAUGGAGCCAUGACAUUUUAGUUAAGACCUGUUGCUACUGCUUUCAAAUAAAAAUACACCAUAAUAUUUGCUACAAAA